AGCAGCUGUCUGAGGCAAGAUCUUUAUCCUCCCUGCUCCCUAAGCAGCAACCAGCCUUCAGCCAGCAGCAGAGCUUAUUAGAAGAGGCCCCCUGGACCCUUGAUUUUCAGCGCACUGGUGGCGGGAAAGAGUUAAUACCUCUGGCUUCUUUGCCCCCUGGGCAGCCUCUGGGUGCAGAGGAGGGCAGAUCUGGGCUGUGGGGACUUCCCCCUGAGCUGCUGAGCUACGGCCAGAGGAGCAGGGAAGCACUUAGUGAGGCUGAAGACGAAAGUGCGGGAGGAGUGCCAGGCGAGCUCUGCUCAGGGGCACCUCCUGUAUCCUGCCAAUGAGGAUGGGCGUGCAGACUGUGCCUGGGAGCUGAGCCGCCGCCCGCUGGGUGUAGGCUGCUUCAGUAUUUACCGAAUGUGACAAGCAGAGAGAAGAGCUUUCGGUGGGGCCGCUUGCUGCCCAGCUCAAGUGGUGGGAGAGCUCCUUACCCGCAACCUUUCUGACUAUCCCAUUGGCAAAGACCCGCAGGCCAUGAGGACUGGUCAAAGACGGUGAGAGGACGUGAAAGGGUAAAUCCCUGUGUCCCGCAGUCUUAUCUCCCGCCCUGACGUCCCUGCACACCAGCCAGAGGGUUAACCGUAAGCGGGUGCCUGUAUGGCCGCUUUACUGAUGCCACGCAGGAACAAAGGGAUGAGGACUCGACUGGGAUGCCUGUCUCACAAGUCCGACUCGUGUAGUGAUUUCACAGCUAUUCUUCCCGACAAACCCAACCGUGCUCUAAAGAGACUGUCCACGGAAGAAGCUACGAGGUGGGCAGAUUCCUUUGACGUGCUUCUCUCCCAUAAGUAUGGGGUGGCUGCGUUCCGCGCCUUCCUGAAGACGGAGUUCAGUGAAGAGAACCUGGAGUUCUGGUUGGCCUGUGAGGAGUUCAAGAAGACCAGGUCAACUGCAAAACUGGUCUCCAAGGCCCAUAGGAUCUUUGAAGAGUUUGUGGAUGUGCAGGCUCCGCGGGAGGUAAACAUAGACUUCCAGACCCGAGAAGCCACAAGGAAGAACAUGCAGGAACCAUCCCUGACUUGCUUUGACCAAGCCCAGGGAAAAGUACACAGUCUCAUGGAGAAAGACUCUUACCCCCGGUUCCUGAGGUCCAAAAUGUACUUAGAUUUGCUGUCCCAGAGCCAGAGGCGGCUCAGUUAGACCUCAGAUGGGGACUCUUGGAGAUCACCGGCUUUCCCCUCCCCUUGCUGCCAAGACCAUAUUCUAAUGUGAAAUGUCAUAGGUGUUCAAAAGCAGUGGCAUUUAGGUUGGGAGCCCGGGAGUGAGGAAGGGAUGAAGGGCCAUUCCAAAGUAUGAUCCAGCCACCAGAGCUCGGACUGUAUUCCAUUAACCCAUGUUUGUGUUUUGGUUAGUGGUAGCACCUUGUCACUGUCACCCUUCUCUGGGUCGGCAACUUGCCCUCCAUAAUGCCUUGGGUCAUCUCCACUGAGAAGGCAGAUAUGCCAUGCUGGGCUAAUCUGUAAAUAAUGCAAAUGCAACUUCCACCACUUCCACACCCUCCUCAGUUAGGACUCUCGACUCUCUAACUUGUCCUAUACUCUUGGGAGGAAGAGCUAGAAGACUCUGGCUUACGUUUGUGAUUUGCCAUCACAAUGUAAUAGCCGGUCCCACGUGCUGGGACCUCACGGUUUAGGAGAGAGGUCUCGGUGGAAUCCCAGGUUUCUAGCACUGUCACUGAUAGGUGGCCUCUGAGAGAAGGGGCACACUCCAUGGAGUUGGAGAUUCACAAGACUCCCAUACCCUUGCAAUUCCAGAAAGGGUCUUGGGAGAUGUCCUUCACCACUUCUGAUGUGGAACUGCUAUUGAGAAAGAGACAGCUUGCAAAUCUUCCUCAGUUCUACCAAGAAGUUUUCCCGAAGUUGAAUGAGCAGGGAAUGGAGCACCAGUAGAUUUUUGUGCAGUGGGGCCACCAUAUAACCUCUCUGUUGCUUAAUGUAUUCUCUGCCCUCACCUCCCCGUGGUAUCACACAUCACUGAUCUCUUAGAACGAUGGAUGGCUUGGUAAAGGGAGGUGAAUUCCCUUAGCAUGGACAGCUCUCACAGUGCCUAAUACUUUUCCUGUCUCUCCCUCUUCCCCCCUUCAUGCAGGUCAUGUAAUUCCGAUGGGGGAGAAUGGGAACUUAGGCUGUAAUUCUCUUUCCAGCUUGCUUCCUGGGAGCAUGCUUUUUUAGAAAGGUUCCUCUCGUGAGGGCCAUCUUGGCUGAUCAACAGCUUCCUUCUUGACUUUUUGGGAUUGAACGUGGAACAGGAGGUGAGGCUAAGAAGAUCACUGUGAACAUCUGGUUGUAGAGAACCUUCCUAAGACAUCUUCAUGGUAUCCCGGUGCUGCUUUUGGAAAUACAUCAGGAAACUUUUCCCUGGAGGAUGAGCAAGACACAGGAAACUUACUCCAGCUGCCCGGGAAAAAGCUGACUUUGGCCCAAGACUGCAGUGCUGAGGAGAUGAAUCCUCAGCAGAGAGACCAGAAUGUGGGAGAGGAGCCUGGGAGAGGCUGGUCCCUGGGUGGACUGAAUCACAGAGAACGUGCUGGGGGUACUAUCGGGGUAACUCACAGCCGAUGGAUUUGGAUUCACUGCAGAUCUCCAAGACUUUCAGCUUUUUGACUAAAUGAAACAUCACAUGAUUAGAUGUAAGCUCUGGAAGGCAGGUGGUUGAAAAUUGGGCUGGAGCAGUCUCCUCGUGUAGCGGGGAUGAGCCUUUUUAGAUGUGCGGGUGUUCCAGGGCUUGCAUUUCUGUCCAGUAACUUUAUGAAUCUCUUCCUUCCUUGGCUGCAGCUAGACAAAGCCAAGAAGGCUCUUGAGUCCCACGGGCUGUUAGGGUCCGCUGCCCCGCCGUGUAUCUGUGAGUAUCUGUUAGUGAGGGCUGACGUGUCUGUACGAACCAUCGAGGAGAGAGAGAACACAGGCCUCCUGAAGAGACCUGUGGAAUUUCAAGUUCAAGAACUCUGCAGCCUCAUGUGGGUGUUCCUAGUUAGGUCAGGUAGUAUUCCCCCACCCCCACUGGUGAAAAACCAUCCUUAGUUUAAGCUGCUAGAAUUACUUUAAUGAUCAAAUUCCGGAACAGGGUAUUUUCAAUGUUGUUUACAUAUGAAAUGUACGUCUGCUGCCAACUCUACUGUCCACUAGGAGGUGCCUAUAAAUGGGAACAGCACAGAGUUAUGGAGACCUGAAACGUCCUAAGAGGGGCCUUUUUACCACUUCCGCUGUCCCCAGGAGAAAAGUCUGAACAAGAGUGUUUUGCGGUCGCCUUCUCUGGGGCCUAGAGUUCUUGCCAACUAUUGGUGGAACGAAGGAUGCAGAUGGUGGUGUCAUGGCACCUGGUGACUUCCUCCCGCGAUGGGGAGGUGUGAAGGACCCAGCUUGGGUAUCGCGAGAUUUGCCGCUAAGUGAGCGUCUGUGGGCAUAUGUUCGCGUGUAGAGGAACGUGAUAGUUAUGUUUAUGGUACUCCCGUGGAGUGUGUGUGUGUGUGUGUGUGUGUGUGUGUGUGAGAGACAGAAAGAAUUAUAAGCACUAGACUAGUACACACCACAGAGAUGGUCUUCCCAUGGGUGGAGCUUUCCUCACACCCUUUAUGUCCUGCUUCCACCAGGAGGCACAGAGCUCUCUGCUCUGAUGCUACUUUCAGGCACUUUGGUCAUGCCAACCGAGAUUUUGGUCUGUGACGAAACAAACAGAUAUGUUUACAACAUCUAGAGCAAUAUCUAAGCAUACCUCAUCCCUGACCUUCCACAUCGCCCUGCCCCGCCCUCUCCCUCAGCCUCUCCACAAGCCGUACCCCGCCUCGUUUGGUGGGCACCCACAGUGGCCGCUUCUCCACGUCUUCCUGGGUUCCUCACGCCGGGCUUGUGCUCUGGACUGCCUUCAGGGCACAAGGCUUGCUCUGUGCUUGGGACCUUUAAAGGCUCAAGGCAAGCCAUGCAGUAGGCCGGGCAGAGCUGUGACUUUUAGGAUUGCUCUCCAUCCCUGAGUGGCCUUUCAGCCCCACAUGAGUAUUAACCCAUUUGGGGGCUGGUGUGAGAUUUCCUGUUGCCCUCGGCAAACCAAAUAGAACACAAUCAGUAAGGACCCUUCAUAGCCCUGGGCACUUCUGGGGUGAGGAAUGUUCCCUGAGCAGCGUUUAUUAUGAAAGUUGAGGAUGUGCAGGGAUCACCCGGAAAGCCUGUUAUAAGUGCUAAUUCCCAGGUUCCACACCCAGAGAUGCUGAUCUAAUAGAUCUGGGGUGGGAUGCAGAAGUCUGCAUUUUUAAUAAGCUCCCAGGUGUGUAGUGGCCCGUGGACCAGACUUUGAAAAAAGAUGGUCUAAGACAGUGGUCUAAGACAGAGGCUCUCACCCUUGGUUGUUCAAUGGAAUCACCUGGGGAGUUAAAGAAACCCGAAUGUCUGGGUCCCGCCCCAGAACAUCUUGGGGUUGGAACUCAAGGCAUCAGUUUUUUAACUACUCCACAGGUGGGUCCAAUGUAUAGAUGAGGUUGGGAUGCUGGGCCUGAGGAGUGAGGAACACAGCUAAGGGUAAAACACAGCUGUGUGAGCUGAGAGGGCUGGAGCACACCCAGACACAAACAAGCACAAUAACCAGGAACCUGCCAGCCCUGAAUUUGACCCUUAGGGUGGUUGCCUCUAUGCCCUCUCUGACUUUUGAGAUAAAAAUGUUUCUGCCCCAGCUGAACGCGUUGUCAGGCAGUAGGUAUGCCAACAGUGGGGGCUGAAGGGGUCCUUGGGGCUUUCCUCGCCUGCCGGGUCUUGUUCACAGGGCUUCCUCCAACCUCUCCUCCUAGGCUGCUUCGCUGUUUGUUUUCAUGUGCUCUCGUGCUUGGUCAUUUCGUGUUAGGCCGUGCCUCUGUACCCAAGGCCACGCGACAUGGUAGUUGGACUCAGGUAGUGAGUGAGGGGUGUGUAGUAGUAAUAACAGUGGUAGCACAACAACUUCAAAUUUCUCAAGGGAGGGUGUUUUACCCUCAGAAUAGCAAGCUCUUUGAGGCUUUCUUUUCCAGGGCCACCACGGGGUUUUGGUUGCUGCCCUAAGCCCUCACCAUUCCCUUUGGUCUUAGGCUGGAUGGGCAGCUAGAAGGUUCCUAGUUGAUUUUACGCUCUGGUGCUCUCCCCAGAACUGGCUGCUCUGGAUUAACCAAAGCUGUGAAAUGGCUCUCUGCUCAGGCCGCAGCCUCUGGGUGCAGGCCCUGGGCGCCUGUCCUCAGCAGGGCCGGGUGUCCGGGCGCUCCAGGCCCUGGGCUGUGAGGGAAAGGCAUGAACUCACUGUGCGGAGAGCCGGGCUGGGAAUGGGGAAGACUGAAGAGAAAGGAGCAGGGGGGAAAGACACGCAGCUCACGUGGCAUCUGCUUCUCCAUAAACCAGAAGGGAGAGGUGAUGAGUGGUGAGUUCAGAGGCAGGAUCGUCUCCCAUCAACAAGAGCACCCAGAGCUCUCCUGACCCUGUCAGUGCCCACUUCCAAGCAAGGCAGACGAAUUACAAUUUUCCAUCCGAGGCUGUCCUUCAGUCUGCCAAGUGUCAGCCCUCUUCAACUCGGCAUCCUCCGUUUUAGAAGCAAAGGAGGUGGCAUAGUCGCCCCUGGCGUGGGGAGCCUGUGCCACUUGGCAUGAGACUGUGAAGGAAGAAGCCAAGAGCAGAGAUGUCUUCCUGUCCCUGUGACCUCUUGGGAUUCACAAGAUGCUGUGGACCAAGAUGAGAGAUGGCAGGAUGGGGCCGCUGGCCUUCCCUGGUGUGGGGUCCUGGUCUUCUCAAUAAACCGUUCUUUUCUUGAUUCUUCCUCCCUUCUGCCCCUCUGCUCCCUCCCCUCUGCCAGGUACAGAGAAGGUGGCUGGGCUGAUGUGCCCUCCAGGCGUGGUAGCACUCACCGAGUCACACGUGGCGGCACAGAUCUGUAGCAGCUCAUCUGCUGUAGAAACCGCUUGGCUGAUGGAGUCCUCAUUGAGUUGUUCCAUUACCAUGCAAAGUGGAAUAAUGUCACUCACCUCUACUAUAAACAAGGCUGUGAGGACAUAAUAAACAGAACCUGAACACGCUG